AUGACAGAUACCAUUUUUGGCAAUGGAACUGAUCAAUGGGUGUGCCCUAAUGACAGACAGCUAGCUCUUCGAGCAAAGUUGCACACCGGUUGGUCAGUUCACACUUACCGGACGGACAAGCAGAGAAAGCAUCAAUGUUUGAACCCAACUGAAAUAGAAUCAAUCGUAGACGUUAUCAGAAGAGCUGAAAAAGUAGACACUCUGGAGCAGCAGAGAGAAUCGGGCGCCUUGUGGAGAGAUUAGAAAACAUGCGGAAAAAUGUGAUGGGAAAUGGGAUGUCACAGUGUUUGCUUUGUGGAGAGCACCUUGGAUUAUUGGGCACAACGUCUGUCUUCUGUCAAGACUGUAAGAAGAAAGUCUGCACUAAAUGUGGAAUUGAAACUGUUGGCAGCCUGAAGCGACCCACAUG